AUGAACAAAUUCCUAAAGAAGAGGCCCGACGGCCAAAACGCCAGCGAUGAGGCCCUCCCUUCACCCGCACAACCACUGUCACCGGCCCUCAAAAAGGCAUCAACCAGCAGAUGGAAGAAAUCCAAGAAGGCGCCUGAGGUGCGCCCGCAGCUGGAUCUCUCCGCUGCUCUGCCAUCGACCGACGACUUCAGAACCAGUCUGAUCAUGCCCAGUCUGUCAACACGAUUCAGCAUGCUCAGGGAGCAGGACGACCCGAAAUCGCUACUUGGAAAGGCCUCGGACGACAGCGUGUUACAACCUAGGAGGAAGUCACGUUUGGCAGACUUUGGCUUCCCAUCGUCAGGACUCGCCGACAUCGCCGAAAUUUCAUCACUUCAUGCCUCAUUGCGCCCGCCCUUGACCCACGAACAUCGAGAACACUCAUAUCUAUCGGAAGACGGCUACGGAAGUGAUGCCGAAGCGCUCGGUGGCGGCAUCAUGAGUCGAUCUCGGCCGGGCGAGGGCAACGUACUUUUCGGCGGCCGUCAGAAGAUCUACAAAAUUCCGACCAGCGGCGCGGCCUCCACCAAGAGUCUGGGAAAGCUUGUCUAUGAUGAUGAUAUCGGAUAUUCGGCUUUCCAAAAGUACAGGCAGAAAGAGCGAGAGGAGGACGAGAGUCAUUUCGCACGACCUUCCAACGACAGCCAAGGCUUCGACUUUGGCCUUGACAAGGGCGAGCCUGACGACCAGGAUGAUGAUGGACAGCGCUCCCUGCUGAACGAUUCCGCAAAGGAUCUGUCGCAUUCGCCGUCAUUAUCGUCGUUUGACAGGAAGCGCUCCACAACAUCCUCAGACGCACACUCCAUUGCGCGUUCGUCCACUGCAGCAACAUCGAUCACAUCACAGCCCGCACUAUCAAGUGCAGCGCCCUCACCUGCCUAUGCCCCCGCGACUGUCAUGACCCCGGCUCCCGCGGCCUCAUCCGUGAUGGACAGGUCGAAUAUGAAGGCCCGGAGGCUGUACGAGCAGGGUCUCGAUCAGCACAUACAAGAGCAGCAAUCCUCAGCCAUCACUCGACUAAACUCCAUCCAACGCCAGCAUGCCAUGUCAGGGAAAAAGACUCCACCGUUUUUGCAGAGCACUAAGAGUGCUGGUAAUCUCCAGGAUCGCGUUCAUCAGCCGGUUUACGCUUUGCGUGGCCAAUCACCGCCGCUCUCGUCGCCUCUCCCGCCGCAAUUGAACUCAGCUGGCCCUGUCAGGCAUGCGAACUCUGCUUCCCCCAGCCCGGUCCCUAGCGGACCGCAAUCACCAAUCGAGAGUCAAUAUGACGAAUCUAAUUCGGCGUUUCAACAGCGUCCCAAUCGGUACGAAGAUGACCAGAGCGAGUAUCAGCCCAACACAUCUCCUGAUCUCUCCGCUCGUGCGACAUCCCACGCUGAGUCUAUGCACGAGCCUAGUAAGGCAUAUACGGUAUUUCAGAAUGCUGUGAAUCAAUUCCCGGUCAAAUCACCGCCAUCUUCAAUAAACAAAUCGACGCUUCCAGAUACUCAUCGGACUUUUUUCGGCAACAUCAGCGCCAGCGAAGAUGAGGAUGAAGAGGAAGUCAGCGAAAUCGCCAAGUCCUUCAAUCAGCCUGAGUAUGGAUACGGUGGCUAUCAAUCGAAAUGGCAGCCGACGCCUCUGCCUUCAGUGUCUGAGCACCCGGCUUUAAGAGAGGAGAAAUCGAGCCUUGCCGAAGACCUUGAAGAUGAAGGGCAGUCAAAGUCACACCUGAGGCAAAAGGCGUCCGCUCGCUCAUUGCGACACGUGGAUGCUAAAGCUGGAGCCCUUGUGCCCAGAGAACUUGAUUCUCCAACCCUAGGACCCCAAUCGCAAGCUUUGAAUGGAAUGGUCCACCAUCUCAGGCAGAAGAGCAACAACUCCUCGAUAUAUCCCGUUGAGAGCGGAAUCGGCGCUCAGCAGGAAGAAGCGGUUAAUGCUCCAUGGAAUUCCGGAUCUGCGCUGGAUACGCAGCACGCUUCAAUGCGAAGCUCACACUGCACUGCUUCCACACACUACACCGCUUCCAAUCCGUGGGAUAUGGACGAAUCCAACAGUGGUGCAUCCAGUGCAGUUGAUCGACCAGAGAGUCGAUCAGAAAUCUCGGGGUUUCAGGAAGGGGCCGCCAGCGACCGAGUGUCCGAGGUUCCUUCUGUGCAAAGUAGUGUCCCAUCUUGGCAGCGCGAGCUUCAAAAGCAGCAUCACACUCGAGAUCCGAGCAACGCAACUCUGCAAGACCGCGAGGCUUUCUCCCGAGACUUGGCUGCGAGGCGAGACGCCAUUCGAGAAAAUCUGAAGAGCUACGUGGAAACGAACAAUCCGAGGGCAGCCAGCCCAGUUCCGGGCGCAGCAGGUCCUCUUAGGGCUUUUGGUAUCAUGCGUGCGAAGUCUAGUGGAGAAUCGCUCGGCACCAUGCGCGAUCAGCACUCGAAAGGUUCCAAAGGCUUAGGCGCCAACUCCAAUGCCAGUGUCACCAGCUUGACUAAAGACGAGAGAUCUGGAUUCAGUCUGGAUCUGGCGCGGCCACGCGGCAACUCUUCUCCUCGCUCGGCAAUGCCACCGCCAGUCUCCCAGCACCCAGCCUUCAAGAACGAGAUUGGAGAGUCGGCGCGCGACACUGAAAUCGGUGAGCUGCCAAAGGAGCGCCAAUUGGCGUCGAGCCGAUCACCGGCAUUAACAGCUGCCCGCAACAGGAGUCGUUCCAACUCCACAACAACUACAGACCGAUCUCGAAGUCGCACUUCGCCAUACCGGGAUGACUUGGAAAAGGCAAUGAUUGAGGGUCAUGGAUCUUCCGCGACGGCACACGAGCCUUCCCCAGAAGCUUCGCCGGCCAUGUUGCCUUCCGACCGCGACAGCAACGGUAGCCGAACCAAUAUGCAACCAUAUUUCGACCAGAAGAUGGGUCUUGCUGCUCAGAACAUGAGCCGCCUUGCGCUGAAUGGACCGCAGGCUGUUCCUCUGCAGCCAAAUGUAUACACUCCUGGUCGUCCAGCUCCCGUGGCAAAUGCAUACACCUCCAAUCCAACACCUCCUCUUUCGACGUCUAGCAACGGAACUCCUGCUCCAGCCAGCCCAGCCACCUUCUCACCAGAGGAGUACUCUCCCAUCAUUCCUUCUUCCUCUCGACCCAGUGUUACACUGCGUAGGAAGACGGUUUCGAAAUCUGAAAUCUCCGAGCCUAUCCUGAUCUCGUCGACUUCGAACGUAGACACGGUGGACUUGCCUCCCGGCGCUUCCCUGAAGAAUGGCAUAGAUCAACCGCCGCCAAUUCCUCCCAUCAACCCGAGACGUCGGGGCACUCGGAAGCUCUUCGGCCUGGUCACCUCGAAAGACGCAAGCGAUAAGGAAACUGAGCUUCCAAUGCUCACACAGUCUGACCCGAAUCUACUCCAUGAGACGUCGUCGCCGUGCUCCGACCGAGGACUCUUUCCGCCCAGCAAUGUAGUGCGAAUCCCUGCACGGCAGGAGUCGCCAGCUCUUGAACAGUAUGGCUUCAACCGAGCCGAAUCUCCAGAAAGACGUGGACCGACGCGCGCCGUCACGGCCCCGAUGGGUGCUGGUGAAGUCGGCAUGUUCUGAUACGACCCAUAAUGAAACCUCCAAAAACAGCAAGCUUCGAUCAGCGAUCAGCGACAAACAAGAAAUUCUAGAAUAAUCGCGCUCGAGCGCGAGACACGCAGCGACUGUUUCAUUCUAUUCGAUUUCAUGUACAAUACUUGGUGCGGACGGACGACUGCUUUGAUUUUAUUUUCACGGAAGAAGAUGGCGCUGCUUGAUGGAAAAUGGAAGAAGUGUUCGGCAAAAGGCAAGGCGGGGCGGGGCACCCAGAACUCUGGACACACUUAUUACCAUUGCUCGUUCAGCCAGCUGGCUGUAGCAGUACGAUUGUGUUCUUCUUUUUCAAAACUCUCACGAAGAAUAUGGGAUUCGGCUGGCACACAGGCGCUCUGAGAACAGGACGGCUGUAACAAGAACUGUUUUGUCUCCUUUCUCUCCUGCAGAAUAUGCGAACGGAUGGUGUUUUCUGUGUGGUUUGGAAGAAGAGAGACAAAAAGAUGGCUACGGCUAUAGCAAUGGCAUUUGAUCGAUUUAGCGUCCGCACGAUACCACCAGACAGCGCCGGCUUUUUUCUUCUUUUUUUCUUUAGUUUUCUGAUACUACGGUUAGUUAGCUUAGUGUGUAAGAAAUGAAUUGAAUUGAAUAAGAAAGAGAGAAGCU